AUGGCGAGAUUUGAAGCUGCUCCGUCAAUUUUGGGAAAUAUUGCCUUUAAAAAGGCACUUUUUCAGUCGCCGUCACCAGCACCGGAAACUACAAAGUCAACUACAAAUUCUGAACUGGCUCCGUCAGCAUCACUUAUCUACAAAGUUCAGCUUCAACAUGAUAUUGAUUUAAAUCUCCACCAUAUUAAGAAAAGUAUUCACAUCGAGCGCCUGAAAAAUCUGAGAGAGCUGUCAACUAAAUUACAAGACGAUGACUGGCGAUACGAGUCGGCAGAGAAGCUCACAGGACUUCAGUAG